AAAUUUUUCAAACAAGUUUUAGGUUAACCUUAUAAUAUAUUUUUUAAUUUCUCUUUAAAUAAUAACAAUAUAAUGAUUGUGUAUUUAGGUUUGGUCUCUCCAUGUUAAAUUAACCAUCAAACAAAUAUGUUUUGGUGUUUUACGUGGGUUUAAACCAAUACAACGUUUUCCACCUAAUUCUAAAAGCUCAUAAACCACUAACCAAUAGGAAUUGAGGAAUUCAAAUUUUAAAUAUUGUUGUAUCAUCAUUGGUUGAAUAGGUAAAAGCAACUUGUCUUAUCCUGCAAUAUCCUCGUGGGAGAACUGGUGCAUAAACGUGUAGUGAUGUUUCUGUGAUUUUUUGGUUGAAAAACUCUUAAAAUUUGAACUAAACUUAGUGUGAAUUUGAAAUAAACAGACUCAUUCACAUAAGCAUCUGAGACUGACAGAAUACCAGAGACAAGUAUAGUUAAUCACCAGAACCUGCUGAUAUAGUAAUAAAGGAUAUUUUUGUAUAUUCAAAGUAAGCAAAAGAUGAUAAUUGCUACUACCCUUCUUAUGACUUGUGUGAAGCUGUUAUUAAUUCCUGCUUACAGAUCAACAGAUUUUGAUGUCCAUAGGAAUUGGUUGGCAAUUACCCAUUCUUUACCCAUAGACAAAUGGUAUCUAGAUGAAACAUCUGAAUGGACUUUAGAUUAUCCACCAUUUUUUGCCUGGUUUGAGUAUAUAUUGUCAUUUUUUGCCACAUAUUUUGACUCUAACAUGUUGAAGGUCGAAAACAUAAAUUAUGAUUCUGAUAGGACUAUUUUAUUUCAAAGAUUGUCUGUGAUAACAACUGAUUUGGUUUAUGUAUAUGGGGUUUAUAAAGUAUGCGAAACAUUACCAGCCAGUUGGAAAAAGGAUGUUGUACUACCACUUUUACUGUUAACAAAUUGUGGCCUAAUUAUGUUGGAUCAUAUUCAUUUUCAAUAUAAUGGAAUGUUGUAUGGAAUAAUGCUGCUUUCAAUUGCAUUUAUGUUGCAGGAAAAAUAUAAGUGGUCGUCUUUCUGGUUUGCUUAUUUAAUAAACAUGAAGCAUAUUUAUAUAUAUCUAGCCCCAGCAUACCUUAUUUUUCUCUUAAGGCAUUACUGUAUGAGGGAUAAACCUGAUUUAAAAACUCUUUUUUCGAGUUUAACGCUAAAAAGAGUUUUUGAGCUGGGAAGUAUUGUCAUUGGUGUCACUGCUGUGAGUUUUUUACCCUUUGCUCAUCAACUUGAACAGGUUUUAGGACGGUUGUUUCCAUUUAAAAGAGGUCUCUGCCACGCCUAUUGGGCUCCAAACUUUUGGGCUCUCUAUAAUUUUAUGGAUAAAUUAGCUUCUGUCUUUUUAACCAGGCUUGCUAUUAUACCACCAAUCAUCUCUACCGGUUCAAUGACAGGGGGUCUCGUGCAGGAAUUUUCCCAUGCAGUAUUACCAAGUGUUACACCACUCGCCACUUUGAUACUAACUGUAUUCUUCAUGAUACCAUGUCUUAUGAAACUAUUUUUUAUGAACAAAAAUCCGUUAAAUUUUCUAAGAUGUGUGGUUUUAUGUGGGUUAACUUCAUUCAUGUUUGGGUGGCACGUCCAUGAAAAAGCUAUUCUUAUGGCUAUUUUACCCAUGAGCAUUUUGAGUAUAAUGGAACCAACGGAUGCAAAGAUAUUCCUAUUGCUCUCAACAGUGGGCCACUAUUCACUAUUUCCCUUAUUGUUUGCACCAUCUCUUCUCUUCAUUAAAUUACUUUUGCUUGUGUUAAGUUCGUCAUAUGCCUUUUAUAGUUUGUAUAAAAUUCACAUGUCUAGUCAAUGUAAAUUUACUUUACCACUUCUAAAUUUAGUUGAAACUUUGUAUGUGAUAGGAUUGGUAGUGGUCUUUUCGUAUGAAAAUAUUAUUCAUAAAAUUUUAGGUUUAGAUAGAAAGUUACCAUUUUUACCUUUGAUGUUUACAUCGGUCUAUUGUUCCUUUGGUGUACUUUACUGUUGGGGAAUGUAUUAUAAGCAUUUUUUAAAUUUAAAUAGUGAUAUCAAAUCAUUCCAAAUUUUAAAAAAUAAAGCUGCUUGAUAGAA